AUGGAUAGCACCAACUGCGAUGAAAUUGAAAACUGUAGUAUGAAACUUACUGUCGAAGGUUGGUUGAACCAAGUAGAGCGUCGGAAACAACUGGAAUAUACGGCUGGCUACGAUUCCUGCAUGGAACAACAAAUGAACGAUCAACCGCUCACCAAACGAGGUUCUUGGACCGGGAAAUACGAUUUCUUACUGUCCUUGCUCGGGUAUUCGGUCGGAUUAGGAAAUGUUUGGCGAUUCCCCUACCUAUGCUACAGCAAUGGUGGAGGUGCUUUUUUGAUUCCAUUCACGGUCAUGCUGAUCAUUGCUGGGCUUCCACUGAUGUUUAUGGAGCUCUCCUUGGCACAGUAUGUAGGUUUAGGCCCAGCUGUUCUUUUCAAACGACUUGCUCCUCUUUCGGCUGGAUUAGGAUACGGUAUGAUAUUGAUCUCUGGCAUGGUAAUGCUUUAUUACAAUGUCAUAAUUGCCUGGACCAUCUUCUAUAUGGUGGUUUCAUUCGAGGAGCCACUACCGUGGAGGGGAUGCCAACACGAGUGGGCUACAGUUAGUUGCUUUUCAUACGAAGAGGAAAAUGAUUGUGUAGUGAACAAUGGAUCAUACUACAUGGGAAAUUGCCUUUCGAAGGAGCAAUUUCGCUUACUCAACACUACAAUUCGAACAUCCCGUAGACCUCCGGCAGAAGAAUUUUUCAAAAACUAUUUUCUUCAACUAUCCACUGGCAUUGAAGAAACUGGAACGAUCAAUCAGCGAUUGGCAGUAUGUCUUCUAGUAGCAUGGAUCAUCAUAUUUCUUUGUCUCUCGAAGGGUGUCAAGAGCUCUGGCAAAGUAGUCUACUUCACUGCUCUCUUCCCGUACGCAGUGUUGACGGCGCUAUUCAUACGGGGACUUACCUUGCCCGGAGCAUUCGAUGGAAUUAUGUACUACUUGCGACCAGACUGGGAUAAAUUGUUCACUGCUCAGCUGUGGGGAGAUGCUGCCGUGCAGAUAUUUUUCGCGCUCAGUCCGGCUUGGGGAGGAUUGCUGACAUUGGCAUCAUACAAUCGCUUUAGCAACAACUGCUAUAGAGAUGCCAUAGUGGUGGCCAUAUCUAACAUACUUACUUCAUUUUUUUCCGGGUUCGUAAUUUUUGCGAUCAUUGGAUUUUUGGCUCAUGAGCUCGACACGGACGUUGCGAACGUAAUCGAUCAGGGUGCAGGUUUGGCGUUUGUCGUUUUUCCGGAGCUCGUGGGUAAAUUGGAAAUGCCAAGGACGUGGUCAGUGUUAUUUUUUUUCAUGCUUCUAACUCUCGGGCUGGAUUCACAGUUCACUCUGAUGGAAACAGUUGUGACAGCCAUAUUAGAUACAUUUCCAGCAUUACGUCGAAAAAAGACAGCAGUCGUUGCCUGUGUAAGCAUCACGGGCUAUAUCGGAGGACUUAUAUUUGUUACAAAUAGCGGAAUGUAUUGGUUUCAACUGUUCGACAAGUAUGCAGCAAAUUGGUCUGUGUUGUUGAUAGCUAUAACGGAAUGCGUACUCAUUGGAUGGAUCUACGGAGCAAAACGAUUCAUAUUUAACAUUGAAGAGAUGUUCGGUAAACGGUCGAAAUGCUUUCAUUUGUUUUGGCAAACGAUAUGGAAGUAUAUUACUCCGGCAAUGCUACUGUUCAUUCUUUGCUUUAACUGGCUUCAGUAUAAGCCUGUAUCGUACGGGCGGUACAUGUAUCCAAAUUGGGCCGAUAUACUAGGAUGGGUUCUAGCAUCAGCACCUUUUGGUAUUGCAGUUUGUAUGUCUAUUGUGAAAAUACGUACAGCUUAUUCUUCUAGCGAAAGAAGUUUCUGGCAGACGGUACAUACGCUACUGCAGCCAACCAGCGAAUGGAAGCCGUCCGAUCCUCGAGCAGCUUUGGAGAUGGUGUAUGAAAAUAGCAGUGGUAUUGAAAUUUGAAUAUCAUCAUUAGUUGGAAAAUUGAAUGAAAUAAAAACUCCA